AACCAUGGUAGCCAUGGAAACCGAGGGACGCUGCAGAAAUAUGGCGGGGGGCUCGUUUCCUUACAUGUUGCAGGGGCUAGCAAAAUAGCAUUUCAACGCGAAAAGUUAUCAGAAAAAUAUGAAUUUACUGGCGUUUAGAAUCCAGAGGAAGAUUUUUUGGAGUUUCUUAACGACCAGUUUAGGUAGUAUCGACAUUUUUACGCCGGUAAUCAUUUAGUCCGCUACUAGGUUAGCAUCUCCAGCUGUAGCCUUACAGCUAGCUGUCUUUACACCGAACGUAUGGCUUUCUACGAAGUGUACUCUCAUCCGGCUGUAAUUCGGUACAAAACCAGUGUUUGCACAAAGGCUACGCUGUUCCUGGUUGUUGUUUUGUGCCUAACCUACAUCCCACCUCUGCUUGUUGCUUAUAGGAGUCAAGGUUUCUGGUUAAAGCGAAGCACGUAUGAAGAACAGCCGGUUGUGAGGUUUCAGUACCAGACUCUGAUGGUUGCAGCCACCGGCACUCAAGGGGACUAUGUGGCCUGGAGUACCUUCCCACACCUCAACAACAUGCUGGGGCCCAACCUGCGGAUCCCUGCCGUCUCUGUGAAGGAGGAAGACCUCAACAAGGACGGAAAGUUGGACCUUCUGACGUUUCAGCUGCAGCUUCCUCUAAAAAAUAAUGAACAAGUGUACAGUGUCCAGCUUCUGCUCACCUUCAGCUACCAGCUCUUUCGAAUGUCCACAGUCGUGAUGCAGAGUCUGGCUUUCGUGCAGCUCGCCUCUCCUGUCCCUGGAGCCAAACUCUUUAUUAGCGGGGACCUGAGGCUGCAGCAGAGGACCCCCCUGCCCCACAGAGGGCUCUACAAUAUCUAUAAUGUGUCGGUGAUAGAUGGCUCCAGCCCCUUUGCCAGUGCGUACGACCUUGAGAACAUAGUCAGGAGCUACCAAGCCAGAAACUUAACAACAGUACUGUCGUGUCCAAUGCCGGUCUGGACUGUGGGCCCAGCUGCUGGUUCUCCCUUUGAGCUGAAUGUUGAAAUUCGGUACCCUGUGGAGGUCAUCACUUACCGGCCUGGAUUCUGGGAAACCAUCAAGUUUGCCUGGAUUCAGUACGUCAGCAUCCUCCUCAUCUUCAUCUGGGUCUUCGAACGGGUCCAGAGAUUUGUUUUCCAGAACCAGGUCCUAACAACUGUGUCUAUCCCAGUGGGGAAGCCUCAUCUCUCAUGACUUAACCCAGGAGUCAGGCCUGCAGUGUCAGUGCUAACAGCAGCUGAUCCACAUGGAGGUGUUCAUCCAACUUUAUGUUUAUCAAGCUGUAAGUCAGAGCUUCAUGUGAGAAAUUUGCUUAGUUUCGGCUGUGCAAACUGAAGAGGCAGAUAUCACCUGGCCCAAACUGGUUUGAAGACACCUUUAAGGGACAAUAAUUUAUGCCAUUCCACUGAGAGGAACAGCUCUCAGGUGUUGCAGCGUAAAUAACGGACAGAAUUUCUUUGUUUCACACUUAAAAACUCGUCUUCUGAGCUUUACUCUUGAAUGUCUGUUUAAAUUUUUUUGCAUAUGAAUUUGAAAAAUUAAAGUUUUUAUUUGUGUU